UUGUAACAUUCACACAAUAAGAAUAUCUGUUAAAUUCAUUCAUAUCUACCACCGUUCCCAACAUUACCAUACACAAGGAAAGAGGAGUACAUCUGUGGAUUUGGGAUCGAUUGCUUUGGCCUGAAAAAGCUCUCGUUGCUCUGCUAGUCUAGUUUGACAAGCGGGUUUGUUUAUCUAGCACUUCCGCUAUGAUGGGAGUCGCCUUUAGCGAUAUUUAUUCCCCUCGUUGUUUUUAUUUGGGGGCAUUAAUCCAUCGUAUGUUUGACGUGCACAAGGACCGCACUUCUUCGCCGAUUCUAAACUAGUUUUCUGAGUCUUUUUCCCCCAGAUAAAUUAGCAUGUAUGCUAGCUUAAAAAAGUGCGAGCUAGCAACUGACCGUCUUCCAUCGAGGAAUUCCAUCCAUCCAUCAUUUUCCUACCGCUUGUCCCUUUCGGGGUCGCGUGGGGGUGCUGGAGUCUAUGUCAGCUGCAUUCGGGCGCUAGGCGGGGUAAACCCCGGACAAGUCGCCACCUAAUCCAGGUUCCAUCCAUCCAUUUACUACCGCUUGUCCCUUUUGGGGUGGCGGGGGGUGCUGGAGUCUAUCUCAGCUGCAUUCGGGUGGAAGGCGGGGUACACCCUGGACAAGUUGCCAUCUCAUCCAGGUUAUUUUCAUCAAUACGUUUUAUCGUGUGCAACAUGGCUGACAGAAGGGAGCAAAAAACCCCGAGGAGGAGUUUGUCUUUGUCCAAAAACAAGAAGAAAAGUGGUGUAAACACGACUCCCAUCACGUCUUUCUUUAGCAACCCGCAUCCUCCUAAACUGCCCUGUCCGCUGUGUGGUCAAAUAGUUCCCAGAUUUGCUAUCAAUGAGCACAUCGAUUUGCAGUGCAAUAACUUUGAGAGAGGAGAUAGCAGUGCAACACCAGCAAGUAAUAUCGUGGUGUCACCCACAAGCAAAUCGUCUGAGUUGGAGUUGAUUCCAGAUGAGGCAGAGUCCAAAACAAGCCCAUAUUUCAAAGCAAGAAGCUCUCCCAAUGUGUCCGGGGAGAAGUGCGACAAAACUGUAGUUGGAACUUUAGAUCUUGGACGUUUGUCAUCCAAGUUAUCGAGAAAAUGCACGAAGAGAAAUGAAAUAAAGCAUCCUGAUCAGACCCGAGAGUCUGUGGAUUAUGCAAGCAACUCGCAGAAAGAAAAUUCGGAAAGCACCAUUGACCUGACAACAAGUGCUCAGAAAUGCACGACGACGACAGAAGGUUUCGAGAAAGCAACAAAACUAUCUCCUAUUCAUCUGCAUCCCUCAUCUUCCACACUGUCGAAGAGAAAAUCCCCUGACAGUCAGAAGAUACCUAGUUUGAGAAAGAAACCCAAACAUGAAGCAUCCAGCUGGACUCGAACAUUGUUUGGUAAAAAUGCAGCACAGACAACCGAAGAGCCAUCUGCACCUGAUUGUAACCUCCUUUCCGACUCAAACCAAUCCUCCUCUCACGUUGUCAGUGAUUUACAGGCAAUCUCCGAGGCUGAGAAAAACAAUAACAACCAGACGGUUGACACCUCGCCCACACAAAGACUGCCAUACUACCUACGCAACUUCCAAACUGUCCUGCAGGCCGUGCUGCAGAACGAAGAUGACAGACGCCUGUUCAACCAGGAGGACAUGACACUGGUACAAGCCUUUGAGAAGCUAUCAGUCAUGGGACAGAAGUUGUAUGUGAGAUUGUUUCAACGAAAAUUGAAGUGGCUUCAAGUGGAUAAACUGGAUUAUGAAGAAAUAUGCAGUAACUUGGAGCCUGUUGCUCAUGAGCUGGUGCAAGGUGGUCUUCUACAGUCAGAGAAUGACCUUCACGAAGUAGCAGAAGCUCUGGAACUCUUGCCGGCUCCCGAGCUCAAAUCUCUGGCCAAGAUAUUUCAUCUGGGCAAUUCUGGCACUCAAAAACAACAGCUAGUGGAGGGGCUUCUCCGCCUGAGCAAGCAGAAGUCGCUGUUUUCUCUGAGCCAGGCUCAAAACAACAUUGGCGCCAUCAUCUUGAAAAGGGCAAAGCAGCUUGCGGGUUCCUGCGUGCGCCUGUGUCGUGGUCCUCGGGCCGUUUUUUCUCGAAUCCUUCUACUCUUCUCUCUGACGGACACUAUGGAUGAGGAGGAGAUGGCAGCAGGUGGACAAAGCCAGCUUUAUACCAUCUUGCUUGUCAAUUCAGGGCGUCUGGCUUUCCCAGGGUACACGGUGCAGCGCACUGCAAAAGUGUUUCAAGACAGAGACGACCUGAUCAGAUAUGAAGCAUCCAUGCGGACCUUACAGGAGGUCAUCCUGGCUAUGCAGUCAGGUCAUUGGGAAGAGGCAUCGGACCUUUAUACUGCUGCCAAGAAUGACUGGCAGCACCUGAAGGAGAGUCUUGAUCUCAGGAUUAUAUACAUUAUUGUGGUAUGCACCAGUCACCAGGAGGAGCUGCCAGUGUUUCUGCGCAGCUUUACAGCAGGAUGGGCCUACACUCGCAUAUUAUCAAGAGGAGUUGAGAUCUUACAGAGGCUACGCCGUUAUGAGGAGGCAGUCAGUGAGCUGCAGUCGUUACUGCUGCAAGAUGUUUACUGUCCUGACAGUCGAGGGCGCUGGUGGGACAGACUAGCACUGAACCUUCAGCAGCACCUCAAAAAACCCGAAAAAGCUAUCUGUGCAAUGAGAGAUGGCUUGUCUGACCCACUCGUGCGAACUGGACAUAAGCUGUCUCUCCACCAGAGAGCUGUCAGGAUGAGAGAAUCACCCAGCUUUAAGAAGUACCGUCUACAGCUUAGAGAUCUCCCUACUCUGGAUGUCCAGGAUGUUAAACAUGUGACCAUUCGAGGUCAGCUGUUUCCCCAUGAAGGGGGCAUGGGCAAAUCUCGCUUUCUGGUACCAUCCAAUGAGGAUGAUUGCUCUGAUGCCACUGUAAUUUGCUCUGUGGAAGACUUGUCUUUAGCGCAUUACCGCCAGCAAGGUUUUGACCAAGGGAUCCACGGAGAGGGUUCGACAUUCUCAACACUGUUUGCCCUCCUGUUGUGGGACAUAAUUUUUAUGGACGGUAUAUCCGAUGUUUUCAGAAAUCCUUACCAGACGUGCCCACUGGACCUCUACACUGACUGCUUUUAUGAGAACCGAAAAGAGGCAGUCGAAUCACGUGUGCAGCUACUUAAGGAAGCUUCUGUGGAAACUUUGCACGCUAUGUUGGAGGAUGUCUGGACCUCCCAGAAGGGUAAAGUGUGUGCAUGUGUCAACUGGGAGCGCUUCACCUCUCUAAGUCAAGCGCAGUCUCUUGUGUCAUGUAUGGGCGGAGCCUUCUUAGCAGGAGUGAUAGCACGGAUGGCAAAAGACCUCAGGCAUUGUCGUGGAGGUCUGCCUGACCUCGUCGUAUGGAACGCAUCCACUUACAAGCUGGUGGAGGUGAAAGGGCCCAGUGACCGUCUGUCCCAGAAGCAACAGAUCUGGCUGGAUGAGCUGCAAAAACUGGGCGCAGAUGUAGAGGUGUGUCAUGUGGUGGCCACCGGAGCCAGAGGAUCUCGUCUCAAAUGAAUACAUACAAUUCUGUUUAUCUGGACUGAAUGUUAAGUAUGCCUGCUUCUCUCAGCUGUGGGGGAUAAAUUGCAGAGUGAAAUUGGAGUCUAAUUUGUUACCUUGUGCCAUUAUUUAUCUGGGAAAGCACUGCCUCCAACAAAAAGGAGCAUCAUCACUCAGAAGAAGCCAGGAUCGCAAAUAGCUUUCAACAAAAGAUAUUAAGAGCUCACACAAAUACCUUUACUGAUGACAAACAACAGAUGUAAUAACAUUUUAGUAUAUUUAAUACUCCGCUCAAUAAAAUAUAUCAUCACUCUAACGUGGAAUGUAUCGGCCCCUGAAUUGUGAAACACAUACAUUACACCGAACAGUGCACAAAUUUAAUACAACCAUUAUGAAAUUAUUUUUUUGUACUGACUAUGCUGACCUUACAAAACGAAUAAAGAUGAGUUUUGAUUAA